CCGAACUCCUGCACCGUCCCGUGAGCCGCCCUUCUUUCGCUUCACACACAUCCUGACUAAGCAGAACCGGCAGAAGAACAUGCCACCCAGACACCCAUUCUUUCUGGGACCCGGCGCUUCCGCCUCCGGGGCGGAGACUCCUCCCCUUCACCGUCCCAGUUGUAUUCCCUGGAACGGCAGCCGGAAAGCCUCCGCCUGCUCAGACCGGGAUAAGCGAGAAGCUGGUUCCUUCUCGCAGCCCGCUCCUCGAGCCCCAGAACCACCGCGGCGCCGGCACCGCCUGGGCCCAGUUCCCAGCCAGGCGCGGCUUCAGCACCACGGACAGCACCCCACCCGCGGUCCCCGGGCCCGCGGCGCACUCCGGGUCUGGGCGAGGCCGCGAGCUAUGCCAGCAGCAUGGCCCGGUGCUCCAGCCCCAUGGCGCUGCUCCUCGGCCUCGGCCUCCUUCUCGGGCUGUGCUCAGGAGUCUGGGGUACAGACACAGAGGAGCGGCUGGUGGAGCACCUCCUGGAUCCUUCCCGCUACAACAAGCUUAUCCGCCCAGCCACCAAUGGCUCUGAGCUGGUGACAGUCCAGCUCAUGGUAUCACUGGCCCAGCUCAUCAGUGUGCAUGAGCGGGAGCAGAUCAUGACCACCAACGUCUGGCUGACCCAGGAGUGGGAAGACUAUCGCCUUACUUGGAAGCCUGAGGAGUUUGACAACAUGAAGAAAGUUCGCCUCCCUUCCAAACACAUCUGGCUCCCAGAUGUGGUCCUAUACAACAACGCUGACGGCAUGUACGAGGUGUCCUUCUACUCCAACGCCGUGGUCUCCUAUGACGGCAGCAUCUUCUGGCUGCCCCCCGCCAUCUACAAGAGCGCCUGCAAGAUCGAGGUGAAGCACUUUCCGUUUGACCAGCAGAACUGCACCAUGAAGUUCCGCUCGUGGACCUACGACCGCACGGAGAUCGACCUGGUGCUCAAGAGCGACGUGGCCAGUCUGGACGACUUCACCCCCAGCGGCGAGUGGGACAUCGUGGCGCUGCCGGGCCGGCGCAACGAGAACCCGGACGACUCCACGUACGUGGACAUCACCUACGACUUCAUCAUCCGCCGCAAGCCGCUCUUCUACACCAUCAACCUCAUCAUCCCCUGCGUGCUGAUCACGUCGCUGGCCAUCCUGGUCUUCUACCUGCCGUCCGACUGCGGCGAGAAGAUGACGCUCUGCAUCUCCGUGCUGCUGGCGCUCACCGUCUUCCUGCUGCUCAUCUCCAAGAUCGUGCCGCCCACGUCCCUGGACGUGCCGCUCGUCGGCAAGUACCUCAUGUUCACCAUGGUGCUGGUCACCUUCUCCAUCGUCACCAGCGUGUGCGUGCUCAACGUGCAUCACCGCUCGCCCAGCACGCACACCAUGGCGCCCUGGGUCAAGGUCGUCUUCCUGGAGAAGCUGCCCACGCUGCUCUUCAUGCAGCAGCCGCGCCACCACUGUGCCCGCCAACGCCUGCGCCAGCGGCGGCGCCAGCGCGAGCGCGAGGGCGCGGGGGCCGUGUUCUUCGGCGAAGCCCCCGGGGCCGACUCCUGCACGUGUUUCGUCAACCGCGCCUCGGUCCAGGGCCUGGCGGGGGCCUUCGGGGCGGAGCCCGCACCCGCCGCAGCCCCGGGGCGCUCCGGGGGGCCGUGUGGCUGCAGCCUCCGGGAGGCGGUGGAUGGCGUGCGCUUCAUCGCGGACCACAUGCGGGGCGAGGACGACGACCAGAGCGUGAGUGAGGACUGGAAGUAUGUCGCCAUGGUGAUCGACCGCUUGUUCCUCUGGAUCUUUGUCUUCGUCUGUGUCUUUGGCACCAUCGGCAUGUUCCUGCAGCCUCUGUUCCAGAACUACACCACCACCGCCUUCCUGCACGCAGACCACUCGGCUCCCAGCUCCAAGUGAGGUCCCAGCUUCACGCUCCUUCAGCCCCUGGCGCUCUGUAAGCAGUUUCCGGUGGAGGAGGAACGAUGAGCUACCAGGAAGCGGGGCGCUGCCCCCAAAGACCCAUGCUUUCUUGUUACCUGGAGCCCUCCCCCACCCUCGGCCCACACACAGCCAGCGCCCCCCGCAGGCUGGCCCAGUCGCUCUCCUCUCGUACCCACCCCAGUACUAGUGUUGCUGGGGGAAGGUGAAGGCUGAGAAGUGGAGGACGGACGUCUUGUCGGAGCCUUGCGGAAAGUGAAAGGGAAGGGUCGAGAGAGGACAGUCUCAUCCACUGCCUCCAUGGCAUGGCAGAGGGCAGGGAGGAGGAGGGGGCAGGGCCAGGGGCUCGGACUCUGUGCCGCGCUGGCCUGACACGAUGGCAGCUCAGACGGGAGCAAGAGGAGAGCGGCCCGGGUGACGGCCGUCUGCCCUGCUCCCGUGGACAGCAGCUGGGCUGGGUGGGCCUCACAGCGGGUAGAGGCUCCUGCUGGAGGGUCAGCUGGAGCUGUGGUCAGACUCCUGUGGGAAGCUGCCAGCCCCGUGCCACAGCCCCUUCUCCUAAGGGUCCCAGGGCCCAGCCCAGGGGCCCUCCUCUUGGUGAGGAAGUCUCUCCCAGACUUUCCUCUCCUUGUUUGGCCAGGGUGUGGUGGGCAAGGCUAGGUAUUGGGAGCCUCUGAGCCCUGAGUCUCUGCGUGACCUGCUUGGAGCCUGAGGUCUGAGUACUGGAACUGUGUGACAAGGGCAAGUUCACAGGUUGGUUUUACUCCUAGUUGAACUGACCGGUUGCUUGAAGGAAGUAAAGGAAGGAUGUCAGCUGUAAGCAGACCCAGCCUUUUUGCUCACAGUAGAGCUGGCUGACAGGAGAGGAGAGAGCCGGUGAUGGAGGCCAGUCGGGGUGGGUGGGGGCAGGAGGGUGGCCCCCCCACUGCUCUGCUCUGUCCUCUUUGGGCUCCGUUCUGCACUGCCGGUGGCUCCCCCGAAAGCAUGCCAUCCUGUAUUCUGACACUGCUCCCAGGGGGCAGCUGGAGGCCACCUGGCCUGUUAUGCCAGGAAACAGACCUUAUGGGAUCUCUGUCCCCGCCCCGGCCACGUGACUGACUCUGAUGUAUGGUCCCAGCCUGUGCUCAGUGCCUGGCCAGCAGGUGGCAGGUCACCGACGGGCCAGUCUGCCAAGUGCACCGAGAUGCCUGCCCGACAGCUGUUCUCUGGAGCCCAGCUGGACUCCGGCUACUCCAGGCACAGCAGAGGUUGGGGUGCAGGCGGGUGGGAGGAAGGACAGUGUCUGCAGAGCACUGCACAGGGAUCAGUCUGGAUUCUAGUCCCAGCUCUGCCACUUACUCACUCAGCCAACUUGAGCAAGAGUCUGCCUGCUAGGUCUCAGCCUCCUCGUCUGUACAAGGGGGCAGUGAUGCCCUCUUUAUGGAUGGCAUCACUGUGAGGAUGCAGGGUUUGUGAAACAGCCCAGUGCUCGCCCUGGCACCGAGUACAUGCCCCACGAAUGUGGCGGCUCACAGGCAGGCAGAGCCUGUGGGAGUGGGGUCCCCUGUCACGUCAGUCUCCCCCAGACCCCCCCUUACCUGAGCAAACCAACUCAUGCCGACGGGACCUGGACGUGGGGGAGCCGAGAACGGGAGGGGCUGCUCGGUGAGCCUGGCGGGCGGGCUCUCUCAGGAGCAUGUUCAGCCGUUUCGCUCCGUUCCUGGGUUGAGCUCUGGCCUCGGCCCUGGCCUUCCUCGGUCAGCUCCCCCCAAUGCAGGUGUGUGCCAGGACCCCAGGCCGACCUACCCCUGUACUGGCGGGAGAAGCACGUCACUGGGACGGCAGCCAGCAGCUGUGUGAGAUGUCCCCAGCGCAUUUGCCCACCUGCCAGAAUGGGCUUCUGGACAUCUCUUCUGGGGGGGGCGGGCAGUGUCUCGGCUUCAUGGAGACUCCUAGAACAGCCAGUGGAGAGCUGCCGGCGUUAUACCUACACCCACCUUGAACUCAGCCCUGAGGAAACAUCCCGAAGCCUGGAACAGCAACUGGAAAGGAACCUUCCCUCUGAAGGGUGGGGCGCCGGCUGAGGUCCCUCCUGGCUCUCCCCGGCUCCUCCCGGCCUGUCAGCCCUUCAGCAGCUGCUGUGGGCUCUAUUUGCUUUUAGUGCGUCCCGCACCCGACUGUUGUGCAAGGUCGUCAGCAGAUGGCGCUAGAGGGGCUUAGCGAGCCCGUGUCCACAUCCCGUCCAGGACCCAUCUGACACAGGAGGAACCCGAGGCCCGGAGACUGUGCUGCCUGACCUUGGAUAGCACCUAACUUUGCACUCGUUCACCCUCAUCUGUAAAGUGGGGGUGACAGUGGGCUGAGGGCUGGAUGCAGGGUUCCAGGGCAGUGCCACCCCUCCAUCUCUGGGUUCAGCCCUUUGGGGGCCUCCCAGUAAGGAGGGGAGGGCAGAGGUGGAGGGAGGAGGGCUCCACUGCGCCGGCCAGGUGUUACCACGAGUCCCGGCCAGGGAAGCUUUGGAGAACCGAGUCUCUUCCACUCGGAUCCUGCCCUUCCCUGUGGUUCCCUUGCCCCCUCUGUGGUGGGGUCGUCUCUGGAGAGAGCUGGGUAGCCAGCUCAGCACUGCGCAGGAUCGGAGGCUCCAGAGGGAGGUAGAGACGCUGGAUUGGAACGCAGGUGGGCUGAGGGGGACAUUGAGCAAUCGAGCUGGGAUGGUCUCCAUCCGGAACGGCGAGGCCACAGGCGAUCUGCUAGCCGUUUUUAUCUGGAAAUAGGGCCUGCACGGACGCUCCACGUUUGACAGUUGGAAGAGGAAGGCGGUGUCCUGGCAGUGGGGUAGUUAAUACUGGCACAGCUGAUACUAAGUUAGGGAAAAUGUAACAGCAAACAAGACACGGGAAGCCCCCAGCUGGCCUUUUCUGAGAGGGAGUGUCUGUGGGAGAAGGUCCCUUCUAAGGAAAUAGGGAGUGCUCUGUGGAGGUUUGGGGGCUUUGACCCCCUUUCCCGGUCUCCCCCGAAUUCCAGGAUUACUUAUUUACUGAGGGCCCGCUGUGUGCCUCGUAUUUCAGAUGGCUGUUCCUCACAACCCUGUUGACAGAAGAGAAAAGCAGGCUCAGAGAGGCCAGCUGGGAGAACCGCUUGCACGUGAACCCUAAGGCUGCCCCGAGUCCGCACGCUCGCUGUGGCCUCUGGAGGUAGGAGCAUGACGGGUCUCAGGGUCUUCUCUGAAUUCAUUCCCCAAGCCAGAGCUGACCCGGUUCCUGCCGUCACCCUCUGCUUCAGGCAGAGUUGGGCUGGUGUCAGCGUCCUGCACAGCCCCACUGGGGCCAGCAGCCUCCCACUCGCCCACCCAGACCAGGCAGGAGCAGCAGCCACCUUUUAAUGUUCAUCCCAGCAGGUCUGAGCUCAGCAAUAGUCACGUGGUUCCUAAGGGACUGCAGGGGGAGGAGCCGUGAGGCCCGCACUCGGUGCCCCCUCCCCCGCCCCUCACCACGGCCUCCAUCGUCUGUGUCCCUGGAAUAUUUGCCCUGUUCUAGCACACCGCAGGCCACUCAUUAGGAACUCAGGAUUCUCGUAAAGAAAAGUUCCCAAACAAGUCUUGUCUGUUAUGUUGGGGGGCAGGGGGAACCUCACGGGCCAGGGUUGGCAAAUACGGGGAAUGCUGGGGAAACUGCACUCGUGAGAGGUUAUAGACGUCACAAGAAUUUAAAGAAAAGGUCGGUGGUAACAGUUCAGUUAUUGUGAUUUGUUGCUUAAGUCCAUUCAUUAGAUGGAGGUGAAACGGCCGAAUGGCUGGGCCUGUACUAGACAGAGUCCUGAAAUGGCUCCUCGGGAGGCCCCUCUAUAAAGGCACCUAGAGGACGGGGAGAGCUGAGGACCAGUGUCCCCAGGGCAGAGAUGGCCGCGGCCACCUCACAGCCCCGCACCCAGGGAAGUCAGGGCUGUAGCGUGCAGAGGCCAGACCUGCUCCCAGGACACUGGUUUGAUCUGGGCCCCAAUCCUGGAAACAGGAUGAAAUCCUGGGCCUCCUCUGUGAGAUGCAGGGUGAACAGCAUCUGAAACGUGAUGAAGACAGUCCGGCUUCCCGCUCUCCCCUCACCACCCCCAGGAGGCUGGUGGGGAGCACAGCCUGGUUUCCUCUGCAGACACGCUGGGCACUCGCCACAGGCAUGAAGGAAACUGUCCACCUUCUAGAAGGCCUGGACACCACAUCCUCCUCCCGUGGGAUCAGGAGCUGCCUGAGAACAGAGGGAACAGGCGCUCGAGGUUCCUGGUACAUCACGGCAGGCAGACGCACUAUCCUUCCCCGUCUUUAAAAAACUGUCCAGCUCACUCAGCACCAUUUCAACAGACUGUGAAUGAUCCCCAGAGUUCUGGUCCUUACUUAAUGCGCCCCCAAACACGUCACUGGCCCUCCUGCUCUCAGUUGUUAACAUCUGUAUAAUGGAUGAGGAAGGAGGCCUCGUUUUGACUUACAGCCUUGCCGUUGUACCUGCUGGUCACAUCAUUUUUAUAAGAUCAAGGAUGAGUCUCAUGGAAAUUCUGGACUAAAUUACGAGGUGGAAAGUGGUGUCUUCUCUUUGAAAUCCAAGACGGAGAAAUAUUCUGGAUGCCAUCUAUGAAGAGGCAAAUGGCUUGUUUUCCUAAGACGGCAGCCGAGCCAGUCCUGCAACUUUACUUCCAAUAUGCACCAUCCUGCAGGCAAAACUGAGGCGGGCGGCCUAGGGAGGCUGUAGGAAAACGCCCCUCAGGAGCGGUGGGAUUGUGUAUAUAAAUCAUGAUAUUGUCUUGGGAUGUUUUCCUAUCCUGGGCCUUGGAAUCUUGCCUGUCAAGUCUCUGGGGACAAGAUAUUUAGGGGUGGGCUCUGAUGGGAAGGGGGUCUGAUGUACCUCACCACAGCUCACCUCCCACGCCAGCCCAUGGAAACAGCACCUGCCUGCAGGUUCGGGAAUGGCCCUCUCCCCAAGUGUGUCAGAUGCAGCUGGUGCUGCUGCCACAAAGCCUUCUGUCCCGCCCCCCACCCCUUCUAUAAUACCGCCCCUAAGAAGCCAAGACUUGAAAGCUUUCUACCAACCCAGAUUUUUUUUUUUUUAUUGAGGAAUGUAUGUGUUAGUUACUGUUUUGAGGGGACACGUAAAAGCGGAAUCAAAAAAAACUGCAACCAUCACAGCUCCCGAGUCCAGGGAGCCUGGGCUCCUUCCCACACUCUGCUCUUGGGGUCACUGCUGAGACCCCCAAAACCAGCGAAGUCCCUUCCACAUGAGUCAAGGAAACGGCUUCAAGCAGCAACAAUUUUUACAAUUGAUUAUUGAAAGAAUGCACAAUAGCCACAGUUCAGACAAAUCAACUACAAAGAUCAUUAAAAAAAAAAGGUGAGGGAAGGGGUCUGCUUAUUAAAAACAAAGACUGGACAAGAAAGUGAAGAGGACACUGCCCCCUCGGUCCUGUGACACAGGCUCCUCCUCAGCAAACACUGGGGUUCAGGGGCCUCACUCUCCCUACAGCAGAAACCGAAGGCUGAACGGCUGCCUGAUAAGACCCUGGGGUGAGUGGGGCUCUGGCUUCUGGAGAGUCACGUGCUCCCGGGUAAAUCAGCAGCUGAGUCACAGCUCUGCAGGAGGGUCUCAUGCCCGAGGGACCAGAGGGGCCACCAGCCAUCUGAAGCAGCAGGGAGACCAGCUGCCUCCUGGGCAGGCUCACUAAUGUGCCCUCAGCAGUCACGGGAAGGGGGGCAGGCCCGUCAACCCAGAACGCACGCAGUUUCCCUACCAGCUCCUGGGGACACGCUGCUGUUCCGCAACGUCAUCCUUAGUGUAUUAAAAAGGCGCGGGUUUUCUCAUUUGGUCAAUUUUUGGGAACAGUAGCCACAACACAAGAGCAAAACUGUGAGUGUAGAUGUAUAUACCGCAGAGGUGGGACAGGCUGGGGGAGGGGUUAACUAGUCCACAGUUUGCAGGGCUGGGGGAGGAUGGAAAAGAAUUUGAGGGCCCUGGCACGCUCACAGAUAGAGGAACCCUCUCAAUAAGAGUCUGGCUCGGGUCUCAAGGUGGCAGGUGUGCUUCUCUCAAGCACAUCUGGCUGCCUUUGGCCCAGAGCCAGACCCCAGCGAGGUCCUGACCAGUCAGCUCAGCCUGAGGUGUAGGCCAAGGGCUCUGCCUCCCAGAGUCUGAGGACAACCUGGCCUUUCCCCUACAACUGUUGUUGUAUGUCAACCCUAUAAAGAUUCCCCGACAGGUAGGGAGACCAGGUCUGUGAUCUGCCCGUGAAUGACCUGAAGCUAUCUGGCAAAAAAAAAAAAA